AUGGCGGACAUUGAAAUGAAAAUCAAAGCCAUUAAUGAAAAAUUAAAAAAAGAAGAGCAAAUGCGUCAAGGCGCUGUUCGGGUGAAAUCUUCAACCUCUAAUCCAAAAGUGCACGCUCAAUGUGAACAAAACAUUGCAGAUUCGCAACGACGUAUAGAGUAUCUACAGACAGAGCUGGAAAAGUUACAACUUCGACAGAAGACACGUUCACUGUCGUCACCUGUUUCUCCACGACCUCCCUCGGGCGAUAGUUACGAGACUAAAGUGCAAGAACCACAGUAUGUUGACGGUAGUGGAUCUCUCCAGAACGAACCACCAACUGCUCGAGACUUAGACUCGAAUCAGGGACCUCCACCACGAAAACCCACGUCAAAUUUGGAUCUCAUCAAAUCGGAAACACCAUACUCCACGGAAAAAGUUGCUCUGAAACUUCACGAACUUGAAUUUAAGCUUUAUGUCGAGGAAAAAUUACUAGAAGGCUCAUUGAAGAUGAGCAAUGCGGUCCACUCUCAGGAUCCAAAGAAUAAAAAGGGUAUCGCCGAAGUAAAAGGCAAAACUUUGGAGAGUAAAGAGAAAAUUGCAUUGUUGACGCGGGCUUUACAAAAAUACAAACAGUUGUCUAUUCCGGGAGCAGAAGAUGAUGAUGAAGCAACUUUAAAUGAAUACGAUUAUCGAUCAAAUGGACUAUUAAAACCUGGUCUUCGUCGUCCAGUCACGGGAAGACUAGAUGUUCGUGUGAACCAAGCGCGAUAUCUAUCACAUCCUCCAGUUCGAGCAACAGAAACAACGGUGGUAAUCAAAAUUGACGGUGUACAAAAGGCCAAGACACGAGUGACGAAAAACGAUCGUUGGAAUGAAGAUUUUGCAAUACAUGUCGAGAAGGCAAGCGAGCUCGAAAUUACAAUUUAUGAUAAAUCGCAAGAACAUCAAGUUCCAAUUGGCCUAUUAUGGAUUAAAAUUUCUGAUAUUGCUGAAGAGUUACGAAGGAAAAGAGUGGUUGCUGAAAGUGCACCUAAUUGGGUAGCUGCAUCAAGUGACCGUUUUGAAACACAAAAUAAUCAUACGAGUCCGGCAUCUGGCGAUACUUACAGUAUUCCGUAUCCUGCUACGCAGCCUCAUCAAGGAGGAGUUCCACCGGAUGGAAUUGAUGUGUGGUUUGAAGUAGAGCCUGUAGGCCAGAUAAAGCUUAAACUUGACUUCGUCAAGGAAAAUCGAAAACGACCUGCUGAUGCUGGACUUAUUCGAUUAGGCGCAGUUCGAAAAAAGAAGGGUGAAAUCCUCUUGCAAAACGGGCACAAAUUUAUUCAACAAUUUUUCUAUCAAAUUAUGAAAUGCGCUUAUUGCGAAGAAUUAUUCGCUAAUGAGGGAUUUCAAUGUGAUGAUUGCAAACUGACUUGUCAUAAGAGGUGUUAUCAAAAAAUUGUGACGAAAUGUAUAUCGAAAUCUAACGCUGAGAUGGAUGCUGACUAUAAACAACUUAAUCAUCGUAUUCCUCAUCGAUUCGAAGCUAUAACAAAUAUCAGUGCUAAUUGGUGCUGUCAUUGCGGCUAUAUGCUUCCAUGGGGCAAAAGAGGAGCAAAACGGUGCAAUGAAUGUAAUAUUACCUGUCAUGCAACAUGCACCCAUCUUGUUCCCGAUUUCUGUGGAAUGACAAUGAAACGCGCUAGUGAUAUGAUUGAUCAAAUACAGCGUGCCAACUUACUUCGUGAUAAAUCGGAAGAAAUGAAACGUAAAGGUCAAGAAGAGAAACUUUCUCCAGAUCAAUAUAGGCCGACACCGCCAACAUUGCAACAAAUGCCCGAUAUUUAUGGCAAUAAUACGAUACUGCCACCACAAACACAAGAGCCUUAUCCGCUUAUGAAUCAACAGCCAAUCAUACAACAGCAAUUUCCCCCGCCACCUCCAAGUCCCUCACAAGCGCCGGAUUAUAACAUGGUUAAGAAGCCACGGAAAGUUGGAUUAGAAGAUUUCAAUUUCCUCGCUGUUUUAGGUAAAGGUAAUUUUGGCAAGGUAAUGCUUGCCGAAGAGAAAUACAACAAACAACUUUAUGCUAUAAAGGUAUUGAAAAAGGAAUUCAUUAUUGAAAAUGAUGAGGUCGAAAGUACUCGAUCAGAGAAACGUGUCUUCCAAGCAGCAAAUCGAGAACGUCAUCCAUUUUUGGUUGGACUACAUUCAUGUUUCCAGACAGAAACCCGUAUAUACUUUGUCAUGGAGUAUGUUAGCGGAGGUGAUUUAAUGUUGCAUAUACAACGCGAGCAAUUUACUUAUCGGCGAGCACAAUUUUAUGCUGCUGAAGUAUUACUCGCCCUGGAAUACUUUCAUAAACAGGGUAUCAUAUAUCGAGAUCUGAAACUGGAUAAUAUUCUUCUAACCCUUGAUGGUCAUAUCAAGAUUGCCGAUUACGGUCUUUGUAAGGAAGAAAUGUGGUUUGGAAAUACUACCAAUACAUUCUGUGGUACACCAGAAUUUAUGGCCCCCGAGAUUCUUUUGGAACAAAGAUACGGCCGUGCCGUCGAUUGGUGGGCCUUUGGUGUUCUGAUUUAUGAAAUGUUGUUGGGACAGUCGCCGUUCCGAGGUGAUGACGAAGACGAAAUAUUUGAUGCUAUUUUGGAGGAUGAGAUCCUUUACCCUAUUAAUAUGUCAAGAGAUUCUGUGUCUAUAUUACAAAGGUUAUUAACACGGGACCCAGAACGUCGUCUUGGUUCGGGACGAGGUGAUGCCGAAGAAAUCAAAAGACAUCCAUUCUUUAAAGGCGUAAAUUGGGACGACAUUCUCGGCAAGAAAGUGCCGCCUCCUUUUUUGCCCAGCAUUUCAUCUCCUACCGAUACAUCUAAUUUUGAUGAGGAGUUUACACGCGAAGUACCUGUUCUAACACCGGUACAUAGUCAUCUGAAUUCUGAGGCUCAAAACGAAUUUCGUGGGUUCUCAUAUGUGGCCGAAUGGGUCUCAAGCGGCGGAAAGUAA